UAUUUUAAGUUUUGUUUUUAAACGUAUUACAAAUAUGUCGGCAAAAGUGACUUUAGUGUCGAGUUCUGGAUGUUUUGGUGGCAAACAACAGGUCUGGAGUCACGACAGCCAUGAGCUGAAGUGCAAAAUGAAUUUCUCGGUUUAUAUACCGCCCAAAGUGACCGAUGGAGUGAAAGUUCCGGUCCUAUUCUGGCUCUCAGGGCUCACAUGUACUGAACAAAACUUUAUUAUUAAAUCAGGAUUUCAGAAAUACGCGGCCGAAGAGGGCAUUAUAGUCGUCGGUCCCGACACUAGUCCUCGUAAUGUCAACAUUGAGGGCGAAGACGACGCCUACGACUUCGGAAGCGGCGCUGGUUUUUAUGUGGACGCGACUCAAGACAAGUGGAAACAAAACUAUCGCAUGUUUUCUUACAUAACAAAAGAGUUACCGAAAGUGAUUGACGAUAACUUCCCAGUUAUUAAAGACUGUCGAUCUGUGUUUGGCCACAGUAUGGGAGGUCACGGGUCUCUGAUCUGUGCCCUCAAGAAUCCGGGUUUAUAUAAGAGUGUGUCUGUCUUCUCACCCAUCGCUAACCCAAUGGUAGGAAAAUGGGGUCAAAAAUGUUUAUCCGGUUAUUUGGGUGAUAACCAAAAGGUUUGGGAGGAAUGGGACGCAACUGUUUUGGUUAAGAAAUAUAAAGGACCGCCACUUCAUCUCAUUGUUGAACAGGGCGCCGACGACCCGUACUUAGCCGAUGAACUAUAUGUACAGAAUUUUGUGGAUUCCUGCGCUUCAGCUCAUGUGGCCGUCGAUUAUCGUCUUCAUGAAGGCUAUGACCACUCGUUUUACUUCAUCUCCACAUUUCUCGCACAACAUAUUAAACAUCACUCGAGAAUACUCUAUAACACAGUCUGGAGUCACGACAGCCAUGAGUUGAAGUGCAAAAUGAAUUUCUCGGUUUACAUACCGCCCAAAGUGACCGAUGGAGUAAAAGUUCCGGUCCUAUUCUGGCUCUCAGGGAUCACAUGUAGUGAACAAACCUUUAUUAUUAAAUCGGGAUUUCAGAAAUACGCGGCCGAAGAGGGCAUUAUAGUCGUCGGUCCCGACACUAGUCCUCGUAAUGUAGUUGAGGGCGAAGACGAUUUAUAUUAUUUCGGAAGCGGUGCCGGGUUUUAUGUGGACGCGACUCAAGACAAGUGGAAACAUAAUUACCGCAUGUAUUCUUACGUCACGAAAGAGUUGCCAAAAGUGAUUGACGAUAACUUCCCAGUCAUUAAAGACUGUCGAUCUGUGUUUGGCCACAGUAUGGGAGGUCACGGGGCCCUCAUCUGUGCCCUCAAGAAUCCGGGUUUAUAUAAGAGUGUGUCAGCAUUUUCUCCCACCGCUAAUCCAAUGGUAACAAAAUGGGGUCAAACAUGUUUGUCCGGGUAUUUGGGUGAUAACCAGAAAGUGUGGGAGGAAUGGGACGCAACUGUUUUGGUUAAGAAAUAUAAAGGACCGCCACUUCAUCUCAUUGUUGAACAGGGCACUGACGACGAGUACGUAUUCAUAAAACAAUGUGUCGAGAAUUUUGUGGAUUCGUGCGCUUCGGCUAAUUUGGACGUCGAUUAUCGUCUUCAUGAAGGCUAUGAUCACUCGUAUUACUUCGUCUCCACAUUCAUUGGCCAACAUAUCAAACAUCACUCGAGAAUCCUUUAUAACACAAUUUAC